GCCUGCAGCCGCUCUUCGCCUGACGGGGACCAUGGAGCUGCUGUUCCAGGUGUUGCUGGUGGCGCUGGCGGCGGCCUGGUGCUGUGGAGACCCGGCCACCACCACCGUGGAGCCCACCAACACCACCAACACCAACAACACCACCAACACCACCACCGACACCACCACGGAGGCCUCCAAGGGCAAGAGGACAAUCGACCAGCAGCUCGGCUACGGCACCAACGACUUGCAGUCCCGCCUCCAAGCGGCGCAGCCUCAGCAGCAGGCGGCGAGGGGCUACUACCCGGGCCUGAGGGAGCUGCUCCUGAGGCCUCAGCAGGACGGCCGGCAGCUGUUCGCGCCGCUGUUCGGCGAGGCGCAGGCGCAAGCGCCGCUCUACCCGGGCUACUCGCCGCUCCAAGCGUUCAGCUCUCCGCUGCUCGGCGCGCAGCUGCCUCGCCUGGUGCCCGUCAUCAUCCUCCGGCUGCACCCCACCCCCGCCGGCCCGCAGAUAGCGCAGGCGUUCCCUGCCUUGCUGCACGCCCCGGAGCCGGCGCGGCCCAGGGUCAGCCUGCAGGCGCUGCAGUCGCUGCUCCUGCAGCAGCAGUACCGGCCGGAGGAGCCGCGGUACCGGCCGGAGGAGCAGCAGCAGUACCAGCAGUACCAGCAGUACCGGCCCGAGGCGCCGGAGGAGCUGGUGCAGGUCGCGCCCGGGCCCCUCAAGCCGGUGUUCGGGCGCAAGAAGCCCGCGGCGGGCAAGUCGGGAGUACCCGAGCCCAGCUAUCACCCGCGCCCCUUCAAGGACCAGCAGUGAGCCAUUGGCUGGGGCUACCACACCGCACCGCCGUGCGACAGCCGCGUUGUAGCCACGUGUCGCCUCGUUCAUUCAGUCUUGGGAGGGUUUCAGUUACAACAGCUAGCUUCCCAACAACUACACUGUCUUGGGGGUUGCCAUCAAACAGAUUGCCAAUGUUUUUUUUUUUUCAACUCUGCAAGUAAAUAAUGUGGUGUAUACUACAACACAAGGCGUUGCUCACAAGCCAAACAUCUACUACUAAACAGCACGAUACAGCCGCUUUAUUAACUGUUUACUGGCGUCACGAUAGUAGUGCCGAGUUCAAAGUCUGACUGUGGGCGUUGUUAAUUAAAUAAUAUGUUUUGAUAGUUACUUAAAAUGAAUACAUAUGUGUCAAAGAUGUCCAGUUUCUUCGGUCACCGACAUAUCGAACCUGAAAAUGCUGACAUUAAGGCUUGUUUGAUUUCUUCAUUUUUUUUAAGUCUACUUUUUUGACUUGUUUGAGUACCUGAUAUUUUUUUCUUGUAAAUAUUCAAAUUCGUAGUUAGAAAAUUAUGUAUCUGACAAAAAUUUGUUUGUUUUUUUGUUUGUUUUUUAUGUAUCAAUGUAACAUACCGGCGGAUUGUUGGGAUUAAUUUGUAUUUUACCAUUACAAAUACAAAAAAAGAUUUUUAUAAAAAUAAAUAAAUGAUAUUUUAAGAAGCUAA